AUGAGGGGGAGGAGGCAGGAGGAAGAGAGCUCCCUGUUGAGAGAGUUUCUUCUGACCAAGCUUAUCAAUGCAGAGAUCUCCUGUUAUAAGGCUGAGAGGUUCAGUAAACUGGAGCUGCGCACUCGUUCGUCCCUCCUGGAGGGUCUGCAGGCGGAACUGUCCACCCGCUCCCAGUGCAUGAUUGGAGAUUCGCCUGUGUCCGCUCUCUCGACUUCUGAGGGGAUGAGGGGUGUAACUGAGGGGAGUGGAGGGUUCAUCGAAAACUUUAAGAGAGCCAUUAGGGUACGCAGUAAUUCUUUUGACACUCUUGGGGGGCCUAGAAAGAUGGGCGGGGUGCCGCUCCCACAGAAGCCCAAGGCUGCUACAGAGAGAGAUGGAGAGAGUGAGUUGGCCUACAAGCCCCCUGAACCCAGCUUUCCGCCCACAGACAACCUGGGCUCCACAGAGGUCAAAGACCACUCCAGUCCCCAGGAGAAUACGUAGACAGACAGAAUUAUGUGUAUAUUUUAGUAAUAACCGAGUGGAUACUUUGUAUGUACAGUGCAUUCGGAAAGUAUUCAGACCCCUUGACUUUUUCCACGUUUUGUUACG